CUUCACGAUGCAGAAGAGCAAAAUAAUCAUGAGAAUGAUGCAAUUGCGAGAAAAACUGAAAAACAAAAACAGGAAGAUUAUGAAGCCGAAGUAGUUGUAUAUCGAGCGCUUGAAAAAUUGAAGGAACCCCUUAUAGUUUUUCAUAGCUUUGAAUACACUCACAAGCAGUUUCACAUCUGGGACCCAAAUCACGAUAGAAAAGCGUGCGGCAUUUCUGUGGUAAAACCUAACUGUAAAAACGCGGACGCAGAUGAAGGCGAGAAUGAUUUUGUUGUAUUCGGACCUGAUUACAUAGUGAUAAUAGAAGUGAAGAAUCCAUCUCUAGCUCAGACCACAAGUGACGACAAAACGAAGGACAGCAAAACCAAUGACAGCAAUGUGGAAAACUCUGAAGUUGCUCUAAAUGAUUCAAGAAACAAAAUCAAGCAUUCAUCGCAACCUCGAUCAUCCACAAAACCUUCGGAAAAAAUACAUCCAAUUUUGGGUGCUAUUGAGAAAGCUACUGCACAACUCGAAAGAGGAAUGAAAAUUGUUGAGAGAAUUUCUGAUUUCACAAAAUUAGAAAAUGGAAAAUGUUCCAAAAUGCACGUUUUCCGUUUGGUUACUUUCCCAAAUAUUUGCAAAAGUCAAACCGGUAUUGCCGAAGAAAACGUCCCAGAUAACCUUCAUGUCAUCUACAAAGAUGAUUUACAAGAAUUUCAGUCAUUUUGGGUGAACAUAAAGAACGAAGGGAUAAAUGUUAAUGGAAAAAAAACUUUUUCAGGUGACAUAACGAAAAUACAGAGCGCAGUUUUGCGGUUAUUUGCUUCACAUAAGGGACAAGCCAACAAAAAGACUCUUAGUUUGAAAGAAUGUGUCGUCGAGAUUGAUCUGAAAUUAAGAAAUUCAGAAAUCACGUUCAGAAGAAAAAACACUCCUCCCAACCCAUCCGUGAUCAAAACAAGCAGUGAACUCAAAAAUGCGCCAUUUGUGAUGCAAAAUAUCAAUAUCUUCGAAACCUGCCUGAAGCUGAACUACAUAACAGAUGAGCAAAAAAACGCAUUUGAAGAUGAAAACUACCCGAUUUUGAUCAGUGGGGCAACUGGGUCCGGAAAGACUAUUGUUCUGCUGGCUAAAGCUAUUCACAUAAUUUUGAAGGAACGCGGCACGAAAGUUUUUAUUUUGUUUCAAAGUAACUUUAAGCUAGCUACUUAUUCGGACAUUAUCAAACGAGCUGGUAUCAGAGUUUACGAAUACGAAGCAGGCUUGAACAAGGUUGAUGACAGCAUCCUCCCAGAGCAUGACAUCAUCAUCUGUCAUGGAUAUCCGGCAAAUUUUGAUGAGCUUGAUUUAAAGGCAAAAGCCGUGUCUCCUGAAUUGAAGCUGCUUUUCUUCGCAGACGAUUGUCAAGAUGAUGAUUGGUUUUGGACCACAGAAGACGGUGGAAAAUGGAGUUGCUUGGUGGCGGACUUCACCCAAGAAAGUCAAUUAUUUCGUCGAGAUUUACAACAAAGGCUCGCCAGGUUAAAAGAGACAAGAAACUUCAAAAUUCAUUGGCUAAGAAGGAGCUACAGGAAUACACACAACAUAGUUUCACAACUCAUUCAGCUCGGUGAGAAAAAUGCAAAACAUAAACGGCUAGCUGAGACAGAAAGAGAUGGACUCCUACCUCAACUCUCGCUCAUUCCAAAACAUGGACACUUCAUACAUGGUCCCCAAGUAACUGUUAAGAUAUACCGGUUACCAGAAGAAGUAACACACAGCGACUAUCACUGUUUUGUGGACAAGCUGAUUAACAAAGAAUACAACCAAUAUUCCGAAAUUUGCCUGGAUUCCCAAAUCAGCUGCGCCUUUUUAUUGAAAAAUAGCGCGGGGUCUCAGUUUCAAAAAAAUCAAGCAGCAUCUGUAUUCUCCAGGCUAGGACAAAAGUACCCACUUGCCGUGUUUUCCUGCUGCCAAAGUAACCCAAUGCUUUUAGCUAUUGGGUCUACCGAGUUUACCGUCUGUCAUAUUAUCUUGAUUCUAUUUGAUCGGAAAGAUCUUGACAAGCAAUAUCUUUACAAUGCGAUAUCAAGAGCACGAGUUCUAUGUCGUGUUCACGUAAUAGUCGAUGACAAACUAAAUAGAACAAGCCAUAAGAAAAGGUUGAAGCAUUUGUUGCGGUUGUUCCAAGGUGCAAGAAUUCAAGAUGAAUAUGCAUAUGUAGCCGAGCUGGUGAAGUUGAUGUGCAAGACAACAUCAGAAGAACAGCGAUGUGCUUGCUUGUCGUCAAACCCAUCGUCUUCAUCAGCUUCAUCAGCAUCAAUUGAAAACGAAACAAUGCUACAAGUUCGGUGGAACACGACUGCAGAGACCAUACUGAGAGGAUCGAGUGGCAAGAGUGCAAAAGAGACGGCAGAGGAGAUGAGAGAUACAGUAGUUGAUGCAUACUAUACGAGCGCUAUGCUCUUUCACGUCUCUGCUAAAGACAGUGACGUCAGUAUGAAGUAUAAAGAUGGGGUUGGUGAGACAGCAGAGUGGAUAAACCAGCCCGAGUCUCCCUACAACAUGCGUUUCUACAUCGUCCAUCGUUCAGACUAUAACAACAGAAGAGCUGGAACUGACGAGGAGAGGGAGACUGCGAACCAUGUGAUAGAGAGUGUGUUGUCUGAUAUGGAGAAUAGAGAGGGUAUGACCUCAAAGAAGUUGAGAGAUGAGGUCAUUACACGACUGGCGAGAAAGAGAUUGAAGUGGAUGUAUAUAGCAGUCAGGAGAGGAGAUGGACAUUGGUCUGGAAUGAUUAUUCCGAGUCGUUAUUUGAAAACAGAUGGCGCCCACUACUCUAUUUUUAUCUACCUGCUAAACUGAACAGCACCAAAAACAACUUCAGCCUCUAACUUAGUAAACUAUCAUACCUGGAAUGACAAAAAAAUGCUUAUCAUACAACUUUCAUAUAUGAAAA